CAAUGUAGGUGUGAAAUACAGCGAGGAAAGAAGACCGUAAUAUGUGGCGAGGGUGGUAUGACAGAAAUUCCAACCACCAAUAUGGCCACUGAUAUACAAGUUCUUAUAGUGAAGGCUCCACAAGAUAAUCCGAACUUCUUGACCAUUGGUCGAAUAUUCUUGGAUUUUACAGCCUUAGAAGAGGUACAUAUCACACAUUCGCGUGUUCCUGCUAUUGGUCACAGCUCGUUCUGGCCUGGCACGAACCUGCGGAUUUUGAACCUGAGUCACAACAAUAUUAGCCAACUUCAUGAUUUUGACUUCAACGGGCUAAUCAAUCUUGAGAUUUUAGACCUGAGCGACAACGUCAUUAGGGCAACACCUUCAGCACCGUUUCGUUUUCUCUCGAACCUCACCACUCUCACACUGGCAAGAAACGAGUUGAAACGUCUGGUUCCAAGAAUAUUUUAUAUGUUGAGAAAGCUGGAACGACUGGACUUGAGCAGUAACCCCCUAGAAGACAUUGAUCCAGAAAAUCUCAAAGAUCUACGACCUUUGAAAAGCUUAAGCCUAGCUAACUGUAAACUUUCUCGUUUGCAUUCUUUGAUAUAUCAGCAUUUACCAAACCUAGAGGAACUAGAUCUAACAGACAAUUUCUUCAACUAUUUUGCUCCUGAAGAGUUCCGACACUUGAAGAAACUUCGAAUACUGUACUUAGAUGGUAAUGAGAUGAGUGUCGUUGUAGACAAAGCAUUUAACGGUCACUACUUUGACUAUCUAGGUCUAUCGAGGAAUCAAAUAGUGAGUUUUGAUUUGUGUGCCUUUUGUAAUGCGAGCAUAAAUGCCCUAAAUAUUUCGAGAAACCAAUUUGCAUCUUUUAAAAGUGACAUUUUAAAACAAAUGACAUUCAGCCUUCAAACUCUAGAUAUGGGAUUCAAUAAUUUGGCUGUAAACACAGUAGCAAGCGUUAUCCAACCACUUCAUCGACUCAGGCGGCUGGGUCUUGCUGGGCUGGCCCUCAGCACACUCCCCCAAAACAUCUUUCUCACCAGCAGAGAUCUGCGUGUUCUCGAUCUGUCACAGAACGAACUGUCCACUUUUGACCCCAACAUUUUGAAGCCUUUAGGCAAGCUGGAAGAACUGGAUUUGUCCGGUAACUUGUUCCUAGGACUAGAACCGGAGUUGCUGGACCAGUUCACUAACAUGACAAGACUCUCCAGCGUUCCAUUACAUUCCAAUCCGUGGACUUGCGAUCAAUGCCACAUUCUUCCCAUUCUCAGGUGGCUCAACAGUUCCCUAGGUAACAGAAAGGUCUGUCGAAGGGACCACACGUGUUUCAAAUGUGUCCAUCCUGAGGCCUUGGCGUUUAGAGAGAUCAGAUCUCUUUCCAUAAAUGAAGUUCCAUCAUGUGGGGGCCCAGAAAGUCAGUCCAGAACCUUAAACUCUGGACCUUCAAUUGGAAUCAUUAUUGGAGCUUUGCUUGUGGUUAUUGUGUUGCUGGUCCUUGUGACUCUUGUCCUUAUUUACAAAAGGCAAGGUGCGGUUUAUUACACGCACGAAGAAAAAAGAAACGAAAGUUAUUACUAUGAGACCUCUGUUGCGGGUGAUAUAAACGGUGGGCAUAAAGAUGACAAAUCCUUUGGGUUUAUUGCCACUCUUGACAAAAUCGAGGAGUUAAGCGAGGAUUAUCCAAGUAAGCCUAAAAUCCGCAUUACUUAA